AUGUCCCGCGUGGCCUCGGUUUGUGCUCUUACUCCAAGCUUUUCCUAUGCCCAGCAAAUCUUCCGGCAAGCUGGCGAGCAGGAAGCUUAUCUAUGGAACACUUGUUUGAGAGAUUUCGCCGAUGGCGAAUCUCCAUUUGAUGCUGUUUUGUUGUUUCACCAAAUGCGAAAGCACAAUUUGUGUCCUGAUUGUUAUACCUGCUCCUUUGUCCUCAAGGCGUGUGUGAAAUUGCAGGAUGUUUGCCAUGGUAUGAUUAUACAUGCGUUCGUGGAAAAACUCGGGCUUCUCUCGAACUUGCUUCUGCUGAAUAUGAUCCUCCAUUUGUACGCAUCUUGUGGGAAGAUGAAAAAUGCACUUUUACUGUUCGACAAAAUGCCUAAUCGAGAUGUUGUUACUUGGAACACGAUGUUAACGCAGCUGGUGAAGAGUGGUGAUGCUGACUCUGCAUACAAACUGUUUGUCGAAAUGCCGGUUAAGAAUCUGAUGUCAUGGUCGGCUAUGAUUUCAGGUUUCGUUCAGUGUGGGAAGCCCCAGGAGGCAAUUUCACUUUUCAGGAAGAUGGAGGAAGAAGGGUUGAAGCCUAAUGAGUUCACUGUUGUUGCCGGUUUAGCAGCUUGUGCAGAUUUGGGUUCACUUGAUCUUGGUAUUCGUAUUCAUCGCUACUCGGAUAAGAAUGGGUUCACAAGUGAGAACCACAAUAUUAUUUCAAACUCUCUAAUUAAUAUGUACGCUAAAUGCGGAAAUUUAGAAGCUGCACGUGACGUGUUUGAGAAAAUGAACAAGCGUACGGUUAUCUCGUGGUCAGCCAUGAUCCAAGGGCUGGCAAUCCAUGGAAAAGCAAGCGAAGCUAUAGACCUCUUUUACGAAAUGACUCGAACAGGGGUGGAGCCUAAUGAGAUCACCUUUAUCAGCCUCUUGAAUGCUUGUAGCCAUGCGGGUUUGAUAAACGAGGGGCGUGAUUUUUUCGCGAGCAUGACUCGGGAUUAUGAAAUUGUCCCGCAAAUCGAACAUUAUGGAUGCGUGGUAGAUUUAUUAAGCCGUGGUGGUCUUCUUCGUGAGGCUCAUGAUAUGAUAAAAAAAAUGCCUAUAAAGCCUACAAUAGCCGUGUGGGGUGCUCUUCUUGGCGGAUGCAAAGUCCAUAAAGACGUGCAAAUGGCCGAAUUGGCAAUGAGUCAUCUGCGCGAAUUGUGUACUUCGAAUGAUGGCUAUUACAUUGUGCUUGCGAAUAUAUACUCGGAAGCAAAGAGAUGGGAGGAUUCAACUGAAGUGAGGAAGAUGAUGCGAAGAAGUCGAGGGGUAAAAAGGACAUUUGGCUUGAGUUCGAUUAAUAUCAAAGGAACUGUCCAUGAGUUUGUGGCUGGGGAUGAAAGCCAUCCUCAAUGCAAGGAGAUACGUAAAAUGUGGGACGAGUUGUUAGUGCGAAUGAGGUUAAAAGGCUACGUACCAAACACAUCGGUUGUUCUUUUAGAUGUUGAUGAGAAGGAAAAGGAGAUGUUCUUGUUUCAGCACAGUGAGAAACUAGCAUUGGCUUUCGGGCUUUUGAACACGCCACGUGGCGAGACGAUCAGGAUUUUCAAGAAUCUUCGUGUGUGUGAAGAUUGCCAUGCUUCGUUUAAGUUGAUUUCUAGUAUCGUGGGUCGGGAAAUAGUUGUGAGCGAUCGAGGCAGGUUUCAUUGUUUUAAAGAUGGUUCUUGUUCUUGUGGAGACUAUUGGUAA